AUGAACCUUAAAAUCACAAUUAAUUAACAAGCCUCAAUAAGUGAUUCACUAAUUAUAGCUAAUUUAAACUUAAUAUAAUUCUUUAGAGAUAAUACAUUCAAUAAGAUUGAAUGUGAUUAAUUAUUAACACUCAAAGAUGCUGUUCAGAUCUCAUAGAUAUUAAAAGAUCAGGGAGUUUUAAUAUAUGAAGGAGAGAUCAAUGAGUCAGUUAUAACAUACUUUUAAGCCAGUGGAUUAUAUAAUUAAGGUCAAGGGAAAUUUAUAAAAUAAGUAUUAUAAAUUAAGAAACUGAAUAUUCCACAACAAGAAUUCAAUAAUUGUUAUGGAAAAUAUGAUUACAUUGAGUAGAAAUUCCAAAAUCAAAUCAAUUUUUUCAAAUAAGUAGAUAUCAAUGGCAAAUAAGAAAUUAUUGAUGAGAACGAAUUAUUAGAUGAUGGUGUUUAAGUAAAAUAAGUAGAAAGUUGUGCAUCUAAGCCUAGAGCAUGUGCUAAUUGCACUUGUGGAAGAAAAGAAAUGGAAGAGAAAUAAGAUAAAGAAUAGUUAUUAGAAUAAUUAAAAAAUAAUUCAAUCAAAGGUUGUGGUAGUUGUUAUCUAGGUGAUGCGUUUAGAUGUGCAAAUUGCCCAUACAGAGGAUUGCCUGCAUUCAAAGAUGGAGAAUAAGUGAAAGUGUUGUAAGAUGAUGUAUUUUUAUAAGAACAGGAAGAGAAAGAUUAAGUAAAAUUGGAAAAUGGAAAAGUCAAAUUAAAGAUUUGAUUUAAUUAUAUUAAGAAUCAAUAAUUCUAUUUUUUGAA